UCAUGUUUUUCAACUCCCCUGUGUUUUUCAAUAAAUAGUCUCAGAGUUUAGAAGCACACUGAUGGCCUGGAAUGUCCCCAGGAAAUGACUGUCCAAGGUGAGGUCCAAUCAAGUCCAUUACCUCCUGGGUCUGCUGCUGGAUUGUGUCCUCUCUCCUGGCGUAUGUGGGGUUGGUCCUAGGAACCAGGCUGGAUCUUGAGAGGCUGGGCAAGGUGAGUCGUCAGUCAGGGUUUGGGCUUAGGAAGCAAGCGGGCUCAGAAGUAAGGUUCUGGAAGGUGCGGGCGGGGUGGGUGGAUGGGCGUCCCCCGGGAGGGUGUACUGGGGGGUGGUUGUCGAAGGGAGGCUGUAAUCUGGGACGCUGUUGCCGGGAGACAGUGUGGGACGCGGUUGCCUGGAGACGGCGCUCCGUCCUGCUCCCUGGCCGGCGUCCGGAGGGCAGGGAGAAGGGGAAAGAGCGCACCCAGCACCGCCAAAGCCAUGGCCGGACGCCAAAAAGAGAAAGUGAUCCCAGACGAAGUCCACCAGAACCAGAUCCUGCGGGAAUUAUACCUCAAAGAGCUUCGAACCCAGAAACUCUACACACAGUACCACGUGAAUCCCCUCCGCAAAGUUCACACAAUCACCAGAAAGCCCAUGUCUUGGCAUGAUAAUCUGGAGGAACCUGCAGAUGCCAGGUUUCUAAAUCUUAUCCACCAUGCUGCCCUCGGGCCAAGGAAGAAAUACACAGAGACACAGACCGAAAGCCAAGAAAUCGGAUGGGACUCAGAGCCCUUGGUCAACCCGGAACGUGAUGACCGCAGGCUGAACCACUUCAGGGUCUACAACGAUAUCACGCUGUACAAAGCUAAAAUGUGGAGCUUGGGAGAAGAUGAUCGCCACAAGUAGUCUUCCAGCGGUGACGGCGGCCCUGUCUUCCACACCCAACGUGUGUGCGGCUCGGAUGAAUAAAGAUUACUUUCAAGCCUCA